AUGCCUUCGGCCACCGCACGGCGAUUAUACGAGGACCAAAUACCGUCCUUUAUGUCCGUCUUCGAUCUGGGUGCCGAGACGAUGGACGACCAAAGCACUGUCACCGUUGUCGACCCCAAAAUAAUAGGCUUCCCCAGCUCCAGCUUCGCCGAGAAGCAGCUGUCCAGCCUCACUCACCCAUCCUCCGCAAGCACGACGGGCCCCGCUGCACCACCGCCACUCUCCGAUCCGUCGCACCGCCACCACGACAGCACGUCGACACAAAUGUCCGAGUCGGCUGACUCGUCGCCCACAACCACAAUGUCAUGCACAGACUCGUCCUCUCUCUCUGACCCGUCGCCGUCGUCCUCGCCCGACUCACCAAUAAACCUCCUUCCGCUUGCCGCCUUCCCUGGCCCCUCGUUUGGCGGUUUCGCUUCCAUGUCGACUGGUUUGGCCUCUUUGUCAGUCAUUGACCCGAAUAACGGCAACACCACCAACAGCAACAACAACAAUGGCGGCCAAGGCCUUGAGCGCCCCAUGACCUCACCGUCGCCAAGGCGGCGCAACAUGAAGGGUCUGUCCAUCCAGCCGCCAUUCGUGUCACCGACAUUGCCUACGUCGACGCAGAUUUCUGAACCGACAUCACCAUCUUUCAUCAAGCCUCAGAUCCCCGCCAUGAAGCGUAAACCCAGCCAGCUCAGCUUGAAGACCACCACCCACGACCUUGUCAAGUCCACGGCAAUUGAGGUGCCUCAGUCGCCAUCCUUGGCCAUUCCGCCCAUCCUCCAGCGACGCGCGCUGAAGCACUCGACGUCCUCGCCACACAUCUUGUCAUCGCUCAACUCCUCGACAUUUGGUCCGCCAGGCGGCAUGACUUUCCCCACCGUUCUCGAGCGCAAUGAGUCGGGCCUCUCUGAAUUCUUGCGCCCUUCCAAACCGGCUGGUCCGGUCGGGUUGGACGCCACUAUUCUUGAGGAGGAGUCGCCAAUUCGCGCGCAGAUUGCAAAUCGUGCCGCGUACGAGUUUGAGCCGUACCAUGAGGUCGAGAAUAAUGAGGACCAGAAGACGCCCGGCUACCCCGAUGGCCCGAUCGCUAUUUACGAUGACAAUGUGUUUUUGUACCUCGAGCCGACAGCAGAAGAGGCUUCGCGCUUUGAUGUUGUCAUCAAUGUCGCUCGCGAGGUGAAGAACCCAUUCAAGUCGAACGCCAAACAAACCCAGGCGCAGUCAAACCCGCUCCCACCACAACAGCAGCAGCAGCAGCAGCAACAGCAACAUCAACUGUCACCGCCUCGGCUGAACGAGCCGAGAAAUGCGGUGCCCAAACUGGCCCCGAUUAUGGAACCGGCCAUGGAGCAAGAAGCUGAGCCUGCGGCUGAAUGCGAGCAAGUCAACGGGAGUAUUCCUAUAGUGACGGAGCCUACCACCAAAAGGUUGGAGGCUUCGCAUGCCGCCACUUCGUCCCGCCUCAAGCGAAAAGCGCCGGCAUUGUCUCUGACGCUGGCCGAGCCGUCUACUAGUGCGACAGAGGCAGGCAAUGAGGACAACACCCCCACUACCCCGAAGGCCACCCAAACCUUGCAAGAGCCCGAGUACAUCCACAUUCCGUGGGACCAUAAUACCGACAUUGGCCAGGACCUCAUGAUGCUCUGCGAAGCGAUCGACAAGCGCACGAAGGAAGGGAAGAAGGUUCUGAUCCACUGCCAACAGGGCGCGAGUCGAUCGGCCAGUCUGAUCAUCGCGUACGGCAUGUACCAGAAUCCAGAGCUGACUGUCAAUGACUCCUACUACGCGGCUCAAGCCAAGAGUAGAUGGAUCAGCCCCAAUAUGCGGCUGAUGUACUGCCUGCAGGAUUUCCAAAAGGAGGUCAGAAAGCGGAGAGGCUCGAAUUCCUGGCUCCGGCCAGGCCGGAGUCCGACCAAGCACCGUGCAGCGCUCUCCAUGGACGCGAUUGAAAUAUCGCCCAAGGAGCCCCUAUCUGCACCACUUCCCGCCGAGGAUGCAAAUGGAAGCGGUAGUGCCACAAUAAACAGUCCGGAGAGAAGUCCCAUGCGGCCACGCGGCAACUCGACGCCAAACAGCCGGGAACCCAUCUCGCCGGGCCCAUCCUCGGCACCAUCCAGCUUUUCGUGGGAUGAGAAGGAGGAUGAAAGCGACCCGCAGCGGUUCGGCCGGUUCGACUUUGGUUUCACGUCGACUGGUCUUCAGCCACCGAAAUUGAAUGCCCCGCCCUUGUCCCAGGCCCAGACCUUUGGCGGCAGCGGCGGUCUGACUCUGCCAGGUGGUGGCAACGGUACGGGUGGUGGUUUCAUGCGCCCGCCACCUUCGCCUGGCUUUGCCGCGCAUCGCUUUGGGGAGUUCCCCGGCAGCUCAUAUUCGAACCCUUCGUCGUCUGGAUUCCCGCUUCUCAGCCCUGGCUUCCCGCCACCGCGUAGCUCUUGUAGCGAUGGCCUGGACAGCAUCCUAGCUCGGAACAUGGACCCUCCUCCUUUGAGGCCUAUCAACUACAGCAACCCUCUCAAGACCACCGCCACCAAUAUUGCUAGAACUACUACCACUACCAAUACCAAUACCACUACGACCAAUGCUCCGCCUGCGCCUACCUUCAAGACGUCAUUCUUCAAUCUCCCCAGCAUCAUCGUCAAGCCAUCACCGAAACCGGAGCAGUCGAUCACAAUCCGCCCCGCAUAUGUGGACGAUGAUGAGCCGCUCAUGUCGCCGCGUGCAGAGACCAUGACGAACAACCCACUGCACGACCAGUUGGCCGACCACCAGCAGUACGCCGAGAUGUCGUCGGCGGGGGGCAUGCACUUUGUCGAGGCGCGGCCCACGCUGGUUGACGACAUGGACAAAGAGAUUUCCAACGAACUCUUCUCCCCACGCGAGACCAUGUUUCCGCGCGAUCCCUUUUUCCCGUUUGGCCGGCCCACGCAGGUGGACGAUCCACGCAGCCCGCCCACCAAGGGCGAAACGCCUAUUGUGCGUUCCAUUGAUGAAUUCAUAUGA